GUCAUAUCCCAUGAAAAUAAUAAAAAUAAUAAAGAUCUGAUAAAAAAAAUCUUUUUUUUUAUUUCCUUUUUUUUUCUUAUCUUUUUCAUCUUAUUUUUUUUUCUCUUUCGUUUGUGUAUUAAAAAUGGCUUCUCGUACGCUUUUAUCUAAGACCGGCCUCAAAUCGUCUUUUAGUCAAAUUGCUAUAAAGAAGAAUAAUAUGUUAAAUAGUAAUAGGAUUACAAUUUUUCCUAGUUCCCAAGCCUCUCGUCAAGCCACUACUACUACUGUAUUGGAUAAUUCAAUAACACAAGGAAGAUUACCUUAUAACGGAGUCUUUACAUAUACUAAUACUAAUAAAGAAGUUAACUUGGUUAAGUUUACUUCUGUUGAAGGAAAAAGACUUUUUCGAAAUGCUAUGGUACAAGGUUAUGCCGAAAGCUUUUUUAAGCUGAUGGGUAAUUUUUCAACCCAGUCAUCUCCAUAUCAUGGUGGUGUGAGUUCUUUGGCCAUGGUUUUAAAUGCUUUGGAAAUAGACCCAAAGAGAAUUUGGAAAGGAAAUUGGCGUUGGUUUUCUUCUGAGCAAAUGAAAACUUGUUCACCAGAGAAAUCUAUUAAAGAACAUGGUAUACCUUUUGAUGAGUUUACUUGUAUAGCACAAACACACUGUAAAGUUCAACCAAAGCGUGGUGUUAGUUAUGAACAAUUCAUAUCUGAUCUUAAACUAGUUACAUCUGAUACAAUCAGUCAGAUGGUUGUUAAUUAUUCAAGACUUGCUCUUGGUCAACUAGAUCCCCUUGCCCAUUUUAGUCCUAUUGGUGGUUAUAAUAAAGAUGAAAACCAGGUGCUUAUUAUGGAUGUUGCUCGUGGUAAAUAUCCAAGUAUUUGGGUGAAUGCAAAAGAUCUUUAUAGAGCUAUGAUGGAUUUCCAUGAACAAGAAUCUGGUCUUAGUAGAGGAUACUUUAUUUUAAGUAAUUAUGAACAAGCGACACAGCAACCUAAAGGAAAUUUGUCUAUAUCUUUACCAAAGUUAAAAUGCAAAGAUUGUUCUCGAAACUGUCAUAACUCUUUAUCCUAAAAAAAAAACAAAGACACAAUAGGGCUUUUUUUUUUUCUAUGUAUAUAUUUAUAUAUUAUUCCCUUCUUCCGAUUCUUUACUACUUGAUACCUUAUAAAAUUUGAUUUUACUUUUAAUAAAUUAAUUC